AUCAGUUUCACGACGAACUUGAUUGAGGAUGAGUUCGAACAGUCUAUUGGAAGCCAUGUGGUACGUAUUGUUGUUACUCUCCACGGUCCCAUACAUGACGCACUGUCUCCAAUCCAGGAUUAUAGGAGGACAUAACGCGUCCAUCAACGAUUAUCCGUAUCAGGUGUCUAUUCAUUAUAUGGGAAAGCAUCAUUGCGGAGGGUCCAUAAUAAGCGAAAAUUGGCUGCUAACGGCGGCGCAUUGUAUAUACGGAUUGAUCCCUAUCAAAUUUAAAAUUCGUGUAGGCAGCACUUAUAACAAUAAUGGCAUUGAAUACAAUAUCAGAAAUAUAAUUUUACACGAGAAUUACAAUACUCGUACGUUUGAUUACGAUGCCGCUUUGAUAAUGCUGUCGACCCCUCUAAAAAUAAGCUCGACUACGAAACCGAUCACGCUGGCUCAGUCUACGACCUCGGUGGAGACUGGAAAAAAUGCAGUGGUGACAGGAUGGGGCCAUUUGUCGGCAAAUAGCAACAGCGCAUCCGACAUUUUGCAAGUCUUAACGUUGCCUAUCGUGGACCAAAAUUUGUGCAAGAAGAUUUUCAGUGGAAUUAAUACGGUGACAGAAAAUAUGAUCUGCGCGGGAAGUUUGGAUGGAAAAGAUACUUCUAAAGGUGAUUCCGGAGGUCCACUGGUGUACAACAAUGUUCAAAUUGGCAUUGUAUCCUGGGGCCUUAAAGAAUGUGCGUUACCUAAAUAUCCUGGUGUAUACACGCGAGUGUCCGCCAUACGAGAUUGGAUAAAGAAGAAGGCAGGCGUGUAGAAUUAAUGUCCCUCGGCGUAUACUAUAUUACAGAAAGAUUUAUUUUUCUUCGCAUUCGUGGGAGAGGUGUGUUGCACAAGCUUCUGUUCCACAGAAAUGGAAAAACAACUUGCACUUUUUCUCGCGUUCAUAAAUCUUUCCAUCGAGAAAAAAUAUGCAAAUAAUAUCCUUUUCGUGUAACAAUCUUCAAAGCUUAUAUUUAUAGGUACAGCUUAUAGUACACUUUUUGCAUUAAAUAUAAAACCGUAUUUUAUAUGUUUAUUUUACAUAAUAUUUUAAUAUAUAAAUAUAAUUUAUUUUUUUUUAAUUUUAUAUUAAUUUAUAAAUAUUAUUCUCUUUUUAUGAUAUUAUAUUCGAUGGGCUGAGAAGUAUAUGGUGAUGUAAAUAUGUUUAAAAUAUUUUGAGAAAUUUAAAAAUUGAUAUUUUAAACAAUAACUUUUUUGUAUAUUUUUUAUAUUUCAUAGUUUUAAUAUUUUCUUCUUAAUUUUAAAUUAUAUUUAAUAUUUUUAAAUAAUUUAUAUUAAUUAAUUUGAAAAUAAAAUUGUUUAAUUUAGUUCUUCAUUGAAUUUACCAGUGAUUCUUUAUUUUUUUAUUAUAUAAUUAUCUGAUUUAUUUUCAUAAAAUUUAAAUAUGUUCCAUUAUUAUAUAAUAUAUUAUUGUACAUAAUAAAAAUUCAAUAUAAUUAAAAAUAUAAUUUCACAUUAUUUAUAAUAGCAAUCUACUAUUAAAUACCAAAUGAAACACAAUAUUAUAAUGUUAAUUAUACUUCAAAUAAGAAAAAAAAACAAAAGAAAAUUGCUAUAAUUAGAAAUAAAUUUCUCAACAAAUGUUUAAUUUAAUUAGAAAAAUAUAUUAUAAAUGCAGUUGCUAUUUGUGAAAUUAUUUUUAAUAUUUUUACUAUCUGGAUGCAUUCAUAUAUGAGAUUCGAUAAUUUAACAAAUCAUGCAAUAAACUAAGUUAAUUAGAUUUUCCAAAGAUCCAUGAUUUGCUGAUACUCUGCCUACUAUUAUAUUCAUCCAGAAUGGAUUUUUUCACAAAAUUCUCUAUUCUUUGUCUAUUCGAUUAUGAUUCUAAAUGUACAAUACUUAAGAUUGAUUGACAAUCCUAAUAAGAAAAAAAAUGAAAAAAUUAGAAAAAGUAAGCGGAUUUAUCAAUGAAGCUUAUCUAGCAGAUUCUACCAUCAUAGAUGCGGGAACAUUCAAUAUUGAAAGGACUUCCUUUGCAAGUGUUUGCGUGAUUUUGCUGCUGGUUUGCAAACACUCGAAAUUUCAAAUUGAAAGUAAAUCCGCUGAAUUCCAAAAUUUACAGAAUUGCAAGCAAUUCCCUAAUCGUAUAAUUCAAAUCCUCGAAUCUGUGAGUUUACAAAAAUAUAACAUUUGUUUGUCUUCGUUCCAUUUUCAGCGUUUCUUUCUUUUCUGAAUAAUAUUUCUUUCAUAAAAUAGGAAUGAUAUUUCUCAAUGUUAAAAGAAGAAAGGGAUUAUAACAGAUUAAAAGAAACUUGGUUAUUAAUAAAGUUAGAAUUUCUAGAGAUUGAAAGUUUGAGAUGCUCGAUACUAUUCGAUAUUCCCCGAGCAAAAUCCAAUUAAAAUAAAAAAAUUUAGAAAUAUAACUUCUAUAGCUUAGUAUAUUCUUAUUAUAUUUAUUUUUUGACUUGUAAAGUUUCUGAAAGCUUAAAAAAAAAAAAGAAAGAAAAAAAAAGAAAAAACGAUUAAUAUUAGAUAAUUUUAUAUGAAAUAUAUAAUAUUCAUAUUAACGUACUUUUUAUAUUUCAUUUCAAAUUACCUUAAAUUUUUCUUAUUUUUUCAUUAUUUUAUAUUUGAUUACUUGAAUGUCAAUUGAUGUAUAAAUAACAUUUUUUUAAAAAACUAUUCUUCUAAAAAAUAUUAUGCUAAUAUGACUAGAAAUUAAUAUAAAAAUUUUAUUUAUCAACAUUACAUCAUAUUUUUGUGAAAAACGUAAAAAAAAAACUAUCAUCUAAGUUAAUACCAUAUGAUGUAUUCUCACCAUUUUUAUUAUUAAUUACCUUUUUCGAGGCAAUAUUAAAUUACGAACUAAAGUAAAACAUGAAUAAACUAAUAAUAAUAAAAGCAAUGUAAAAGUUCUAUUUACAAAUAUUAUACGUACAUAUUAUUUAUAUUUGCAUUUGUCUAAUUUUACUUAAAAUUCGUCAUCAACACGAACAAAAAUUGUAAACAAUUAAUAUAACUGCAAAUUCUUCGCUGUCAUAAUUAUAUCCCGUUCCAACAAUCAACGUUUCAUCGCGCAAUCAAGUAAUCUCGUUCGAAGCACACUUUUCACCCGAAAGCGUAACCAUCCCAAAACAGUUCGCCCAUCCAUUCUCCACCAUUAAGCUUAAUUCUCACGUUAACUCCACGAACAUGGGAAUCGAGUUGGAUUUUAAAACACGUUAACUGAAAUUUGUGAGUUAACUGGCACUUUUCGAAAGUUGCCAACUCGAAAAUUAGCCAAGAUGAAAUCAAUUAUCAUUGAAGCCUAAUUUGACAUAAUAUUGAUUCAAAUAUGUUAACAUUAAAAGAACGAAAAUAUUUAUUAUCUCUAUCAUGAUUUGAAGAUUUAUUUUGUAUAUAAAUACAUUUUAAUAUCAUGAAAAAUAUAAAAA